AUGAAGAUUACAUUCACAAUCCACAUCCUGGAUAUCCAGUUCAAGUUCACACGCCAUCUAAACGUGCAGUACAGAGUGCUCAAGCCUCCAGCCACCCAGUACAGUGUGCUCAAGCCUCCUGAUACCCAGUACAGAGUGCUCAAGCCUCCAGCUACCCAGUACAGUGUGCUCAAGCCUCCUGACACCCAGUACAGAGUGCUCAAGCCUCCAGCCACCCAGUACAGUGUGCUCAAGCCUCCUGACACCCAGUACAGUGUGCUCAAGCCUCCAGCCACCCAGUACAGUGUGCUCAAGCCUCCAGACACCCAGUACAGUGUGCUCAAGCCUCCAGACACCCAGUACAGUGUGCUCAAGCCUCCUGACACCCAGUACAGAGUGCUCAAGCCUCCAGCCACCCAGUACAGUGUGCUCAAGCCUCCUGACACCCAGUACAGUGUGCUCAAGCCUCCAGCCACCCAGUACAGUGUGCUCAAGCCUCCUGACACCCAGUACAGAGUGCUCAAGCCUCCAGCCACCCAGUACAGUGUGCUCAAGCCUCCUGACACCCAGUACAGUGUGCUCAAGCCUCCAGCCACCCAGUACAGUGUGCUCAAGCCUCCAGACACCCAGUACAGUGUGCUCAAGCCUCCAGACACCCAGUACAGUGUGCUCAAGCCUCCUGACACCCAGUACAGUGUGCUCAAGCCUCCUGACACCCAGUACAGAGUGCUCAAGCCUCCAGCCACCCAGUACAGUGUGCUCAAGCCUCCUGACACCCAGUACAGAGUGCUCAAGCCUCCAGCCACCCAGUACAGUGUGCUCAAGCCUCCUGACACCCAGUACAGUGUGCUCAAGCCUCCAGCCACCCAGUACAGUGUGCUCAAGCCUCCAGACACCCAGUACAGUGUGCUCAAGCCUCCAGACACCCAGUACAGUGUGCUCAAGCCUCCUGACACCCAGUACAGUGUGCUCAAGCCUCCAGCCACCCAGUACAGUGUGCUCAAGCCUCUAGCCACCCAGUACAGUGUGCUCAAGCCUCCAGCCACCCAGUACAGUGUGCUCAAGCCUCCAGCCACCCAGUACAGUGUGCUCAAGCCUCCAGCCACCCAGUACAGUGUGCUCAAGCCUCCAGACACCCAUUACAGUGUGCUCAAGCCUCCAGACACCCAGUACAGUGUGCUCAAGCCUCCAGCCACCCAGUACAGUGUGCUCAAGCCUCCUGACACCCAGUACAGUGUGCUCAAGCCUCCUGACACCCAGUACAGUGUGCUCAAGCCUCCUGACACCCAGUACAGUGUGCUCAAGCCUCCUGACACCCGUGCCAUUUGUGCAACAUGGUGCCACCUGUGCAACAUAGUGCCACCUGUGCAACAUGGGGGCCACCUGUGCAACAUGGUGUCAUCUGUGCAACAUGGGGCCACCUGUGCAACAUGA